AUGCCAAAGUGGCGUUGCAGGCCGGAUGAAGGCCAACGCAAGUGCGCGCAGCCAAAUGAAGAAUCAGAUGUGGCGGCCUUAGAGCAGAGUCUGAACACCCACGCGAAUAAUCGUCGACGUCGGGACGUUGGCAACUUACGCCAUUGUGCUUCUUGCGGCUGCAGCCUGAAAGCAAGUGGAUGGGAGCAGCAUGUGAAUGGCAUUCGACACCGUCGCAACGAGGCCAGCAUAACGCUGAUGGGCGAGCCUGGCCAUCUGGUUCGCUCCAUCUUUGAACGUGACCCGGCAGACGUUUCGGACAACUACAUAACCAAAGACCCCGUUGCCCACAGAGUGCAGCAGCUGCGGCAGCUGACGGUUUCAGCCAACCACACCGAAAAUGGCGGGGUCCAGCGUCAGCACCCGGAGCCAGCGGCGCUCCGAGCGUACCCAAAUCAACACCAUGAUCAACGAAGCGACGGACGCCGCAGAGGCGUUGGCGCUCGACCCACACAUCCGCCAGCGCCGGCAGAUGGCCCUGACACUGUAAGCCGAAUGCAACAAGAGCCGGAGCGGCGGCGUGCCGCCUCGCCGCCAGGUGGGAUAGCCCCACCACGCCGCCGCCGGCCGCACUCAGAGGCGUUUGCGGAGCUCCAAGCGCGUCGUGAUCAGCGCUUGCUUCGAAACCCCUUGCCUCUGCCGCCGCCCGCCUCAUCAUCGUCCAACCCCGAGUCAACCUCCGGCACCGACGACGAUUCGGGCUCCGAUGACACGAACUCCCGGUCUAGUGCGGCAACAUCAAGCUCCGAUGGCGGUGCCGACCGCAGCGGCCAACUCAGCUCACUGAGGGGGGACAGCAAGGACGUCCCUGGGCGGCGUUGCUGCUACACGCAGCCAACGCAGCCGUCCCGCUACCCGCCUCAUCAUCCUGCGUGGCGCCAGCGACAACCGGAGCCAGCCGCCGCUGCCGCUGCCGCUGCUGCGGCUCCCUGGACUCCCGACGCCGCACAGCUGGCUGCACUUGAGGCCGCUGCACGCCGCGAGGCGGUGCACCACACGGGUCUGGGGCCCCUCUACGAGGCGUCGUUGAUGCUGUUGGGCGGCGGCGCCCUGCGACGUGGCGUGGGGGAGCUUCAGGAGCGGCUGGGGCGAUACCGGCGGCGAUUGGAGGUAUGGCAGCAGGGGCUGCAGCGAAGGGAGCUACACGGGCGGCCUCCGGCGGCGAAGGGCGAACAGGAGAGGGACGAAGGGAAGGAGGAGAGCAACAGCGGCAACUGCAGCGACGGCAGCAGCGGUGGGAGUGCUGGGAUACCGACCGAAUCGGAGGAGGAGGAGGAGGAGGUGGUGUUAGGGGCUCGUGAAGGGGGGGCGAGGAUGUCGCGGCGGCAACGGCCCCUGCGACGUCCGUACCUCCGUCUGGGCCCGGCGGAGCUGCUACUGCUGUCCAUCCAUCCGGCUGUAGCAACUGCCCCGGCGAAGAAUAUGGAGGCCGAUACCGGGGCCCCGCCGGCGGCAACGGCGGUGGCGGCUGGCCCAGCGCUCUCCGACGGCUUCCCACGGACUAUCCCGGGGCGACAAGGUCAUCGGCAAUCUCGUCUUCCGCCGCCGCCGCCGCCGCCGCCAGCGUCGCGGCCGCAGCAGCAGAAACAAGACCACGUGAUGCGAGAGUCGUUGCGGUGGGAUGGAAGGGGUGGUGGCGGUAAGGGCGGGUUAUUGCGGCGGCCGCAACCGCCACCGCAGCAACCGUUGCCGCCGCUGCAGCACCUGCUCCUGGAAGUGCCGUUCAAACCGUACGGACGCGAAGCCGCAGCGUACGCGACGGCCAUGUGCGUCUUGCUAGCGGCGCUGCGGCGGGCGGGUCGCGAGGGCGGCGGGGGGAGCUGCUUGGAGUCAUUUGGGGUUCGGUUCUCCCGCGGGGAGUUCCUGCAGGUUUUGGCUCAGGGCGGUGCUGCCCGCAUGGGCCCCCUGGAGUCUUUGUGGCAGCUGGCGCCCGCACUCGUGCAGCUGGUACAGGUGUGUCCCGGCUGGCCUGGGGAGCUGCGGCUGUGCUGCCCUCCGGGACUGCUGGAUGCGGGCCAGGUGGAGGGCCUGCAGCGGGCGGCAGUGGACCCCCUGCUCCGGAACCAGAGGCGGCUGGCGGUGCUGAUGGGGACGCACAGCCGGCUAGGCGCCUGCAGUCCCCUGCGGACCCUGCCCUCCGAGGUUCUGGAGCUGGUUCUGGAUAAGGCCCUGCCUAGGCGGCCGUGUAGGCUUGUGCUGGGUGUCAACCGGUGGCUACCCGGUCAGAGGGACACCGGACUGAGGAGGCGGAGACGUGGCGACAUGGGGUUGCCCCCUGUUGGCGGGGGGGGAGGUGGGGCUGCAGCCGCGCCCGCCGACAUCUGGGCAGCUCCGGCGGCGGCGGCGGCGGUUGCUGCACAACAACAGCAACCGCAGCAGCUGCCGCUUGAUGUUCGGGUGGCGGCAAGGCACGCGGCUCGGCGCUGA